AUGGUGCUCAUGCAACUCAGAUGUGGCCAGAGACGGCCAAUCAGUCCUACCAGAAACCCAGAUUUCAGCGAAGGUGCGAAUGACGUUGUCCGGCUUCAGGUUGGCAGCGAGGCUUCUCGGUUUUCAUCUCCGGCGAAGUCUGAGUCGAACGGUUAUGGCAGUGUGCUGAAGGAGUUACCAGAAUUGGAGGAAGCAAGAUGGCAAGGACUGGUGGCUGUGUACGGUUGCUGGGCUCAUGCCAAUCAUCGAUUCUCUUUGGGUUUGGGUCGGAUGUCCACGCAGAAGACACUUGAUAAGUGGUUUACAAAAAGAAAAACUCCUGAAAACUCCGAAUCUAGUGCUGCCUUACCACAGUCUGAUGUUGAGACUCAAGAGCCUGAAAAUCCUGCUAAAUUUUCAAGAACUGAAAUCAACGAAAUUGAAAUUGAUUCACUAGAACGUGAUCCGGGAAAACGUCCGCAAAUAUGGGAAUAUCAUCCUAAUCUGCAAGAUGAAGUCCGACGUGCUUAUAUUAAACUUGGUCCAUAUCAGCCUUUACUUUCAACAUAUCCGCAAAAAGGAAAGCGAAACCGUAGCUUUCAAUCUUCGUGGUAUCCACUAUUUUCUUCAUGGUUAGAAUAUUCUCCAACUGAAGAUAAAGCUUUUUGUCUACCAUGUUUUCUUUUUAAUAAGCCCACCGGCCAUCCUGGCCACAAAGCUUUCACUAUUGAGGGAUUUCAAAGUUGGAAAAAAGUAAGAGACGGUAAGGGUUGUGCUUUUCUGAGUCAUAUGGGUAAAGAUUCUAACUCUUUUCACAAGAAUGCUGUAAGAGCCUGUGACGACUUGAUGAAGCAACCUCAGCAUAUACAGAAAGUUGUUGCCAAUUAUACUUCAAAACAAAUUGCAGACAACCGUCUACGAGUCAAAACUUCAAUUGAAGCAGUUCGAUGGCUUGCAUUUCAAGGUUGUGCUUUUAGAGGUCACGAUGAAAGUCUUGAUUCAAUCAAUCCUGGUAAUUUCGUGAAACUCUUAGAAUUGUUGGCUUCAUAUAAUGAAAAAGUUGCUGAAGUUAUAUUGCAGAAUGCUCCAAGAAAUGCUUCUUACACAUCCCCAAAGAUUCAAAAACAAAUGUUGCAGGCAUUUUCAGUACAAAUAAAAAAGGCCAUUCGGGAAGAAAUUAAUUAUUCAAAAUUUUGCAUAAUUGUUGAUGAAGCUCGUGAUGAGUCAAAGAAGGAGCAAAUGGCUAUUGUAUUGAGAUUUGUUGACAAAGAUGGUUUUAUUCGGGAGCGCUUCUUUGGGCUUGUUCAUGUCUCAGACACUAAGGCAUCGACAUUGCAAAAGGGAAUAUAUUCAGUGUUAUCUAAUCAUAAUUUAGAUAUCCAAAAUAUCCGAGGCCAAGGAUACGAUGGUGCAAGUAAUAUGCGAGGUGAGUGGAAUGGGCUACAAGCUUUGAUUUUGAAGGAUUGUCCGUAUGCUUACUAUGUUCAUUGUUUAGCACAUAGAUUGCAAUUGGCUUUAGUAGCAGCAUCGAGAGAAGUUAUUCCUAUUCAAAAGUUUUUUACUAAAUUGACUUUUAUUGUCAAUAUUCUUGGUGCUUCAUGCAAGUGUAAUGAUGAAUUUCAAAGUGCUCAAGCAGAAGAGAUUGCAUAUUUGACUUCAAUUGAUGAACUCGAGACUGGAAGAGGACUUAACCAAAUUGGAACCUUGCAGCGUGCUGGAGAUACUCGUUGGAGUUCGCACUUCAGAUCUAUUUCUACUUUGAGACAAAGGUUUAGCCCAACUUGUCAAGUUCUUAUGAACAUAAUUGAGGAAGGGAAGAGUCCUCAAGCAGGAGAUGCGGAUUCUGCUUAA